AUGGACGUCGUGAGACCAACGGUGGAGAUUCCACCUCGAAAGCUUCUCUUGUCUUCCAAGUCUUUUCCGGCGGAGUCUUCUCCACGUUGUUCGCCGCGUAAACAUAACUGGAACAACAAAAGCAACAAGAUCUCCGUAUCUGAACACGAAGAGGACACCUUAAACGAAGACAACAACAACAACAAGGAUACUAAUAAAGAGUAUUGUUAUGAUUCCGACACUGAUGAUCCUUACGCAAGUGACCAUUUCCGUAUGUUCGAAUUCAAGAUCCGACGUUGCACUCGUAGCAGAAGCCAUGACUGGACUGAUUGUCCCUUUGCACAUCCCGGGGAGAAAGCUCGUCGUCGUGAUCCUCGUCGGUUUCAAUAUUCCGGUGAGGUUUGUCCUGAGUUUCGUCGUGGUGGUGAUUGUAGCCGUGGAGAUGACUGUGAGUUUGCUCAUGGAGUCUUUGAGUGUUGGCUCCAUCCCAUUCGCUACCGUACCGAAGCUUGUAAAGACGGUAAACAUUGUAAAAGAAAAGUAUGUUUCUUUGCUCAUUCGCCACGUCAGCUUAGGGUUCUUCCACCUGAAAAUGUUUCCUCCUCAGCCUCUGCCUCUCCGGGGAAGAAUCCUUGCUGCUUGUUUUGUAGCAGCUCUCCGACGAGUACUCUUUUGGGUAAUUUGUCUCAUCUUUCUCGAUCUCCAUCCUCAUCUCCACCUCUUUCUCCGGCUCACAAAGCUGCUGCCUUCUCACGGCUGAGGAGUUGCGCCGCAGCUGCAGCCUCUGGGUCGGUUAACUAUAAAGAUGUUUUAAGUGAGCUUGUGAAUUCGUUGGAUAAUAUUAGCCUAGCGGAAGCCUUGCAAAUGAGCUCCUCGUCGCCUGUUACAACGCCUGUUUCUGCCGCAGCGUUUGCCUCGUCGUGUGGUGUGAACAAUCAGCGUCUCCAUAUGCAACAACAGCAGCAAAGCAGUCCGUUACAGUUUGCUCUCUCGCCUUCCACUCCAAGUUACCUAAACUCGCCUAGGUCAAGCUUCUUUAGCGAUGAGUUCACUCCUCGCCAGAGACAAGUGAACGAUUUCACUACUGUGGGGACGGUGAGGGACAAGGCUAGCUUUGAGGAUGGUUCUUGCGGUGACCCCGAUAUUGGAUGGGUGAAUGAUCUCUUGACCUGAUAGAUCCACGAGGGAGGUGAUCUGUCACGAGAAUGUAAAUUUCAGUGGAGUGGAUGAGUUUAAUAUACGUUGGUGAAUCAUGGGAAAAUGCCGGUUUGGUCAAAUAUGCAUGAAGAGAUUGUUGUUGAAAUUUGUUUUGGGGAUUUUAUUGUUUUACGGAUUUCCACGAGAGCUAAUUAUGGAUUGUAUGUGUAUUGUCGUUUAUUUCUAGAUUAUCUC